AUGUCGCGAAAAAUAAUAGAUCACGACGAAGAAGAUCGAGAUUCUUCAGAAUACGAAGAAAUCGAUGAAGAAGAUGAAGAUCAAGAAAUAUUUAGUCAAGAAAAUCAAAUAAUUUACGAGCAAGAAGAAGAAGAACCACAAAUAAUUGAUGUUGUCGGCAUGGAAAACGCUGAAAAUGCGGCUGAAAUAUUCUAUGAUGAUGAAGAUAUGCAAGAUUUAGUUAUACAUGAGAUUUAUGGCGGUGAAAAUGAGAAUGAGAAUAUGGCGAGCACUUCGCAAGCUUUAGCUUUUCCUGGAUCCUCACAGCAACAACAACAAAAGCAAGUUUCGAAGCGAAUUUCGAGCAAUUUGGUGCAAACUGAUCCGAUUUGUAUUGUUUGUUCGCGAUUGGAAUCGGAGAAGAUUCGACUUUUUCGAUGGCCAAAAAAUGAGGAUUUAAGGGAACAAUGGUAGGAAUUUUCGUGAAUUUUUCAAUUUUCAUGGCACGACUAUUUUUGGUAGACAAACUUUUAACAAACAAAAAAAUUCAAUUUUUUUUUUCAAAUUUUGAGCUAUAAAACUUGGUUAAGGAAAAGUACAUAAAAUUUCUAUUUCAAAGUUUUUCAGCUCCAAAACUUGUUUUUCUGGAAAAUCAAACUUUUAACAAAACCUAACGCAUUUUCUCUAUUUUUCCAUUCAAAUCUUACUUUUUUCAGGAUUCAUUUCUUCCGUCUCCCACAAAACCUGCUCCAAAUCAAUCCCGAACCCUAUAUCUGCAGUUUCCAUUUCACAGCCGACACAUUUCUAAUGGUUGAAGAUCGAAUUUUCUGGAAAGCUUCAGCUCUGCCAAAAUAUCACCUAAGAAGGCCAUGUUUAACAGAUUCAUUUCCAUGGGAAAAUCCGGAUAAAAAUGGAAAUGGAACCAACGCGAAAAAAUCGAUAUUGCCUCUUCCAAAAACCACACCAGAAUAUCGGAUUCGUUAUCGAUUGCCUUAUAAUAAAAAUCGAUCGAAAAAUUCGCAUCCUGUGGCUAUUUUAACACCAAUUUGCCCGUCUCAAAGUCAUUUGUUUUAUGAAUUUCAUUUUAAUCGAAAUGGAUUGAAUGGAACAAAGUUUUAUGCUUGUUUGAGUUGUCGGAAAGCAAAAAGUGAAAGUUCGUUGGCUUUUUUGAAUAAAAUAAGUGCUGUAAAUUCAGAAAAAAACAUGAUUUUUAUCUUGAAAUUACAAAAACUGAAUAAAUUUAUCCAUUCAGAAUCUCUUAAAUUCCAGCCAUCUAAAUUCUAACAUGACCCCAACACACUAUAAAAAUAUCUUUCAAAAUUUGCAGCCGGAAUCCGUGACGUGAUUCGCACGAUUCAUAUCCAGAAUGCCAAAAUCUUCACACCCGGCGAUCCAUUUUUGGGACAUCAUUUCGCUUGUCGGCCACAUAGUGUUUACGACUACAACAAUUCACAAACAUCGCAAAAUUUGGCACCAAAUCGUAACGUCGUUUUUUUGGAAGAGGAAGAAGAUGACGAGGCAUAUUUGACGGCACAAAUUAAUGGUGAACCAUUGGUGCAUGUGACAACAAACAACACGAUGGCACCAAUUUUGGUGGACCCACCACAACCGGUUACAAAUUCAAACGAGAGAAGAAUCGAAGAUGAAUACGAUAUUCCCCCAAUUUUGGAGCCGGAACCAGAUCCAGUGCCUGAAGUGAAAAUUCCCCAACCAAAAGCAAAAUGUGUGCUAAAAUCGAAAAUUGCCACGAAAAAAUCGCUGAGAUUGAAAUGUCAUCUUUGCAUAACUCGACGACCUUUUUCGACGACACGCGAUUUUGUCAAUCAUUUGCAGAAACAUUUAACAUGA